CUCCAGCCAGAGGGCCAGCAACAGUUACGGCUUAGCCAAGCUCGAUUGAGGCCAGAACAGGAGACAGGCACAACUACCAUAAUCCGGCAGUUCUCAAAGCAUCCGCAAAGCAUCCGCAAAGCAAAACCAACCCACUACCACUCCCAGCCAUAACCAUGAGCAAGAUUGUGUCGGUAUCCCUGGUCCUGGUGCUCCUGGCUGUGACCCUGUCCUGUGGCGUCGCGGACAGCAGCAUGUACAUGCGGGACCAGAGCAACCAUGUCCUGUGCAGCUACAAGCUGAACGAGAUGCUGUCCCUGGUGUGCAAGGAGUUCAACAGUGUCCUGCCCCACAAGCGAGGCAUGCCCGCCGCCACCGAGCUGGAUCCGCUCGAUCCCAUCCAGUACGUGGAGGACAAGGAGGGCACAGCCUCUGAUGUACUGCCCUAUCCGCUCUUCGGUGGCCGAUUUUACGGCGGAGAGGAGGCUCUAAGCUCCCUGGCCGCCGUGCGCCGUCGCACUCGCCAGGGCAUCGCCGAUAGAUGCUGCCGCAAGCCUUGCGACAUUUCCGUUCUAACGGAGUACUGCUCCAUCCCCAAUUACUAAAGACCCCCCCCCCAGCACUACCGAUCCAGCACCGAACACACACCCAACCCGACCCUGUUUCUCCAUGUGCCUUGUGCACAUACCUAUUCGAAUAUUGAAAAUACGAAUAAUGUUUAAUAUAUGGCUUGUUGCAUGUUAACUAUUAUAAACGAUCGAGAAAUAUAGAUAGAAUAUAUAUCCUGCUUUGGG